AUGGAAGUGGAAUGUCAGGAGACUCAGGACUGCAGGCAGAUACAGGUUGUGGUAAGAUUGAAAGGAGGUUUGAUCGAACUUGAUGGGACAAUGGAAGCAGCGAAAACCGAAGUAAUGAGCAAACAGCCACCUAAGAUCCAGGAAAAAUUCAAUAAUGAUAUCCACAAGCAAGAUAUUUUGGUUGCAAGUGGUGAGUGUGAUGGUGCAGAAAUAUUUUCAUGGGAUAAAAAUGCUUGGUACGAGAUUUCAGAAAUGAAUGAAUCUCAUGUGGCAGCAUCAUCGUUUGUUUAUAAUAACAAGCUUUUUGUAAUUAAGGGAAUAUCAUGCACUGAGACAAUCGAGACAUUGGAUCUCAAUGAACUACCUUUGAAAUGGAUUGAAUUUUCUGAUGAAUUUCCUGAUCGCAUCAGGGAUGCAAAAUUUGUUGUUUAUAGACAUCGUGUCAUUGCAAUUUGUGCAUGUAAUGAAGACGACGACACAAAGUCUAACAUGAUUUGUGAAUUGCAACUUGGCUCACCUUUCACACUGAAAGAGUUGUGCCAAAUGCCUCAUUCACUGGGUUUUCAAGGCACUGAGGCUUUUGAAGACAAAGUCUUGAUCUUGGGAGGAAUAGCUGAUGGUGAUGUUUUAGACAGUGUGUUGGAGUUUGAUCCAGAGAAGAAUGAAUGCAAGGAGCUGCCACCAUUACCACAUCCCUUGUAUGGAAUGGGAACGGUUCAUUGGCGAGAUCAAGUAGUUGUACUUGGUGGAAGUAGUUUGAAUGAUCAACCUCUGAAUGAUGUUUACAUGUAUGAUUCCAAGACGGGAAUAAUCACAGUCUUACCACCCAUGUUGAAGAGAAGAAACGGAUGUUGCGCAGUUAUUACUGGAAAUACAAUCGUAGUCAUGGGAGGUAUGAGUGUGAAUGACGAAUAUGAUGAGGAAUAUAAAUGUCUCAAUUCAGUGGAGUAUUUUACAAUGGGAGGAUCUACAUGGAAGUAUCUUCCUAGUAUGAAUAAGGAAAGAUGGGAAGCAGUUGCUAUAGCUCUACCUUCAACAAGAAAAUAUGUUUAA